AUGUUUGGUUUUCCUACAGAUUUAUUUGGUAUGCAUGGCGGAAAUAAUCGUCGAUCGAAUAGUAAUUCAUUAAUACCACAUCAUCAUCAUCAUCAUCAUUCAUUAUUUGGAAAUUCUUUAAUGAUGCCAUCACCAUUUCUUGGAAUAAAUAGUUUAUUUGAUGAUUUUGGUAUAAAUUCAUCACCAUUUGCAAUGAUGGAUCGAAUGAUGCGUGCAACAAAUGAUGCAUUAUAUCAUGGAAAUAAUAUAAAUACAAAUACAAAUACACCAAUGCAUUCAUUUACAUCAACAACAGUUAUGUCUUAUAAUGGUACAGAUGGAACACCUAAAAUUUAUCAAGAAUCAACAUCACAUAGUCGAGGACCUGGAGGAUUAGAAGAAACACGACAAGCUAUUAGAGAUAGUGAACGUGGAAUUAAUAAGGUACAAAUUGGUCAUCGAAUUGGUGAUCGUAAGCAUGUUGUCGAACGUGAAAUGCAUGUUGGAACAGGUCAGAUAUCUGAAAAUGUUGAACUUGAAAAUCUCGACGAAGAUGAAACAGAUAAUUUUAAAAAAGAAUGGCGUGAACGUUCAACUUUAGCUGGUCUUUCACGUCGUCCACAACAUUCUUAUCAUCAUCGUCAAUUAGCUUCAAAUCGUUUACAUCAUCCAUCAUCACAACCACAAUUAGCUAUUGAACAUAAUUCUUCAAAUAAUUUAUCAUCAAAUCGAUAUCAUCAAAAAUCUUCUUCAAAAAAUAUAAAUAAUUUAUCUCAACGACCACAAUAUCAUCGUUCAGAUACAAUUGAUUUAACUGAUGAUUCACCAAAAAUUGAAGAAAUUGAAGAAAUUGAACAGUCACCAUUACCACAAAUUUUACCAGUUAAACGUAAAGCUUCAUCAUCAUCAUAUACAAAUGAUACUGAUAUUCAACGAAAACAUCGACAUAAUCGUUUUUAA